GCCGUACCCGAUCGUUCCGUCCCGCCUCUCCCCUCCGUCCCUCCUUCCCUCCGCCGGCGGGGGCCGCUCGCCCCACCGGGCCAGUCGCCGCCGGCAGCCGCGGGGUUCCUCCCGGUGCUUGGCCGGGUUAUCCCAUCCCCGCUACGGGUCCGUCCCCGUUCUUGGGAUAGCCCGAUGGAGACGGAGGGUUACCGGUGCCGUAGCAGCCGGUACAUCGAAAGCGGACAGUCGGCGGUGCCCGGUUCGGUGCUUUUCGCCGCCGGGCUCUUGGGGAACGUGCUGGCGUUACUGCUGCUGGGUCAGCACCGACGGCGUUCCCGCUCUCCCGGUGGUCGCCCACCGCGGGUCUCCGCUUUCUACGUGCUGGUGAGCGGGCUGGCCGUUACCGACUUGCUGGGCAAGUGUUUGCUCAGCCCCAUCGUGCUGGCCGCCUACGCCUACAACCGCAGCCUCAGCGAACUGGGACCCGGCGGGCGCAGCGAGGGCGAGCCGGGCGUCCUCUGCCAGCUCUUCGCCUUCCUCAUGGCCUUCUUUGGGCUGGCCCCCACCCUGCUGCUGCUGGCCAUGGCGUUGGAGUGUUGGCUCUCGCUGGGGCAUCCCUACUUCUAUCGACGGCAUCUCACCCGGCGGCUGGGUGCCGCCUCGGUGCCGGCGGCGGCGGGGCUCUGCGCCCUUUUCUGCGCCCUGCCGCUGCUGGGUUUCGGGGUGCCCAUGCAGUACUGCCCGGGGACGUGGUGCUUCAUCCGCAUGGCCGGCGGUGGGCCGCGGCAGCUCGCCUUCCCCGUCCUCUACGCCAGCCUGAUGGGCCUCUUGGUCUUGGCCAUCGGCGCCUGCAACGUGAGCAGCAUGCGGCACCUCUACGGCAUGGCCCGGCGCAGCCCCGCCGUGGACCCCCCCCCCGCCACCGCCCCGCGCAUGGAGGAGCUCGACCACCUCAUCCUGCUGGGGCUCAUGACCGCCCUCUUCACCAUCUGCUCCCUGCCGCUCAUCAUCCGGGCGUACAUGGGGGCCUUUGCCGCCGAUUUCAACGAGGACGCUGACCUCAGCGCCCUGCGGUUUCUCUCCGUGAACUCCAUCGUGGACCCCUGGGUCUUCAUCAUCUUCCGCACCUCCGUCUUCCGCACGUUCGUCCGCAGGCUUUGCCGGAGGCUGAAUUCCCGGAAAGCCACCCUGAAAGGACCCGACCCGGGGGGGGAUAACCAGUUCUGUCCCCUGGGCUGGCGCAGGACAGACACCCCGCAGCUCGGCUUCCCCUGAGCGCGCGGGGGUCUUGCAGAAGCUGGCGGCUGCUGGUGAGGAUGAGGAACGAGCCUUCGGCCCCGCGGCCCCGCUCCGGAGCAUCCCGGGGCAGCACGGGGCUGUCGCAGGUGGGGACGGCGUCCAACUCGCAGCGAGGGGUGGGCGUGAAGUGUUUCUGCUCCCUCCCCGGGCUGCUUUUUUGCCCCGGAGAGGAACCAGAGGGGCGGACUCCCGGGUACCUGUGAAUAUUUCCAAGCAGCAGCACUUUGUGGAGGGUUUGGGGAGCCUUUGGCUCCAGAAAAGCAGGAGGGUUUUGGCGUGUGGCUUCAGGGCAGCGGGGACGCACAGGGAGGAGAGGUGUGUGUGUCUCCCCGACAAAUAAAAGUGGUUCAGAGCCCUGC